CCACCACGUUUUAUUAUACAUUGUCUGGCUGGCCCAGGUUUUCGAGGGGUCUAUUUAUUCCCUUCUCCUCCUAUCGUUCCCAUCUAUCGACCUAUUACGCCAAGAUCCGUAUCUUCGUACCGUCCUCUCGAUAACUCAGUUCACUACACAUGACCAAGGAUAGUAUGUCGGGUACAUCGUCGCCGCGUAGCGGUCGUCCGCUUACAACCUCAUAUGCCGACCUGAUGAAACCAGAUGAGGACUGGCGGAACCUACCAGAUGCAGCAGAGCGAAGGAAAAUUCAGAACCGCCUCGCCCAGAGAGCGUAUCGACGCAAUAUGAGAGACCGCACAAAGGAGGUGGAGAAGCUAAAGAAACAGCUCCAGCAACUACAGGAGAUCGUCAGUGGGGAUUCAUCAACCACGCCGCCACCAGAGCAUGAAAUGACUUCCGGUGGUAGGAGUCCUGCCAGCUCGGAAGGCACACCAGCAUCCCAUAACGCGGAGCCGGGCUUGGUGGCAGCAACGACGCCGGCAGCAGAUGGAUCGCGGCAGAUGGGGGAUUACAUGCAAGCAUGGUCACAUGGACAAGGUCCCGAGCAAUUAAAUGGCCUUGGGUUGAUGGCAGAUGGCGAUGCGCCUAUGGCUUUUGACGCCUCUCCUACAUACUACUCACACAUCCCGACCUCCAACGACAUUGUACCAGAACUACCAACAACCUCCUUAGGCCGCCGAUCACGGGCUGUGACGGCAACAAUAGCGCCAGGUUCAAUACCGCAACACCCUCCUCCACCUAGGAGCCAUAGCAUGUCCGCGGCGUAUUCAUCCAACUGUUCAAGCCCUCUUCCCUGGGGUGUCAGCAGCGCUGAGGUGCAUGAAGCGCUGCCUCUGUCGUCUGGCUUCAACAAUAUGUACGUUAACGCGGACGAACUAUCUAUGUACCAUCACCCCGAGUCGGUAUACUCAAUAGAGGAUAGUCUCGCAGCGUCAACAGCAUACGCUACCUCCCCAGGUUCCGACCUGAACAGCGCAGCAGGUUGGCCGGCCGUUGACAGAAAGCCAAUUACACGCCCUGGGAGCUCGUCAGUGGCUUCAGCAUUCAUGGGCAACGUCAAAAUGAGCGAGGUACCGGACAUGCCAAAACCUCUUCCAGAAACCACAGCGCCCCUUCUUCACUUCGCUAUCGCUGGAGGCAAUGUUGAGACUCUACGGUUGCUUCUACAACGCCGCGACGUCAACAUAAAUGGCAAGGACAACUCUGGCUACACUGCCCUGCAACGGGCUGUAAUGUGUGGUCGGACAGAUAUGGCCGCCAUGCUCUUGGAGCGUGGUGCCUCAGUGGAAAGGGACGAUAGCUGGCGUACCCAAAAUGCCACGCCUCUUAAGGCAGAGCCUUAACGCCCGUAUUGUGUCUUCUCUUUUCUGACGAAUGUUCUAUUUAUGGGCCCUUUCACCUUUACAUUCUUUGUUCCAUAUUAUACCUCCUUGUAAUGAAACAAGGAGCGAGGCGUUCAGGAUCUUGGGUGUCACAAGGAUAGACGCUUCACUAGAGUAGGUCAACUGGGCAAGGCAUUUUUGGGGAAAUUCUUGACAGGCUAUCUGCCUGCGGACGCGCCCUGGUUGGGUAUCCGCUUCG